AUGCACAAGUCGCAAUUGCAGCUGACACUGCGCGUCGUGCUCCACGUCACUGUCGCGUUGCUGCUGAGCCUUCGCAGCGCUCGACUCGGCACUGCACUGCACCCGUUCCAGCGUGCGGUCGCCAACAAUUGGGUGCACCUGCUCUUCUACGUUUACGAGGACGAAGUGCGUGACACACUGCCGCACUUUGUGCUCGAGAUCGAAGAAGAGAUUGCCGCAAAUGUCGACGACGAGUUCUUCGGCAGCGGAUUUGCAGCCCGAGCGUCGAUGUUGCCAGUUGGUGCUCUUUUUACGAUCGAAGAGAUGCGUCAGCACUUGCACGGGGCCGUGGACAACUACCGGCGACUGCCGGACGUGGCGCUGGACUCGUUCGUGGUGUUUAGCAACGAGACCGACUCGUUUCUGCCGCCGCCGCUGCUCACUGUGCGGGCCGAUGUCGGAGACGAGGCACGGGACGAGCUGUACAAUAUCACGAACGGCUCGACCAGCAGUGACCAGUGGCCUGCACCGCUGCGCCUGGGUCCAGAAGCAGCUUCACGACAAGAAACACGCGCGUUCUUGGACGCGUUGGAUGCGAUUGAGCUCAAGUUUGUCGUGGGUAUGACCAAGAAGGAGAAGAGAAGGAAGGACGACGAGGCGCGGGCGACGAGAGUGUACCAGUGGACAGUGGCCAUGCGCUACGAUUUGCUCAACCAGGGCCAUUUGGAAGUCACUUUGAACUAUAAGCUCGAUCACGUGUUGAUCGUUGAGGGCGGAAGAAGCAGUGGGGGCGAAGAAAGCAUACCGCCGGUGCUAUUGGACACAAGUGUCACGCUUCAUUGGGUCACGCUCGUCGUGAUUGCGCUGUACCAGGGCGUUGAGUGCUUUAUAAAGUGGGAAGCCGUCUCGAGCAACGUCGCUGAACAUCCGAAAGGGUCGCGUCGUUCGAUCGUUCGUGCCAUGGUAGCAGGGACGGCCAAAGACUUUUGGUUCUGCUUUUCCCUGGCAGUGAGUGCAACAACUGUGGUAUGUCUUCUAGCUGCAUGGCGAAAUACUUAUGAGCUCUCUCUGGACGAUUCGCUCUGCUUCGCGUUUGCCUGCUGCUGCGCACUGCAGUGGGCUAGCCUGGUGCGCUAUCUCCGGGUAAACACGCGGUUCCACAUACUUGAAAUCACGCUGAAGCGCGGUGUGCCGCGAGUAUUGCAGUUCCUUGCGGGCGUCUUGCCCAUAUUUGUCGGCUUUGUGCUGUUUGGAACCGUCAUGUUUGGUACGAAAGUGCCUCGAUUUCAGAGUGCGAGCACCACAGCUACCGCACUAUUUUCCGUGGCGAACGGAGACGAGAUUUACGAUACAUUCAAUGACGUCGCGUAUACUCCGUGGAUCGGGCAAAUCUACAUUUACAGCUACAUCAUCCUGUUCAGUUACGUUGUCUUGAUGGUGUGCAUCGGCAUUAUCGAUGACGCUUUCUUCUCGGCUGUGUCUGAACACGACUCGAAAGGUCAGCGUGAACCACGAUCGGGCAGAACGCCAUUGGAAAGGACAUGA